ACAGAAUCAUGAGACCUAUCAUGGGACUUUGUAGCUCCACUUUUUAACAACACUCUCUUCUGUUACCUGUACAGUCAGUUAUGGCGGUAGAAACCAUCGCACCUGACUGGGAGUUUGACCGUUUUGACGACGGUUCUCAAAAAAUACACACAGAGGUCCAGCUGAAGAACUACAGCAAGUUUCUAGAGGAGUACACUUCUCAGCUGAGAGGUAUAGAAGAGGCUCUUGAUGAUUCCAUUGGAGACGUGUGGGACUUCACUCUGGACCCCAUUGCCCUCAAGCUUCUACCAUAUGAGCAGUCAUCUUUACUGGAUUUAAUUAAAACAGACAACAAGGUUCUCAAUAAAGUCAUCACAGUUUAUGCUGCACUCUGCAGUGAAGUAAAGAAGCUCAAAUAUGAGGCAGAAAACAAGUUCUACAAUGGCUUAUUGUACUAUGGAGAAGGAGUGUCAGAAACUGGUGUUGUUGAAGGAGAAUCCCAGAUUCAGAUGGGUAGAUUCAUCUCGUUCCUUCAGGAACUGUCUUGCUUCGUGUCAAGAUGUUAUGAAGUGGUGGUCAACAUUGUUCAUCAGCUGGCGGCCCUUUAUAACAGCAACAAGGGUGCAACAAAAAUCAUAGAGUCUUCAGGAGUUCAUUUCCAGAUAGUGUAUGAACACCUUGGGGAAUUGUUGGUGGUACUGCUCACACUGGAUGAGAUUUUGGAAAAUCAUGGUACUCUAAAAGAUCACUGGAAGAUGUAUAAAAGGUUAUUAAAAUCAGUGCACCAUAACCCUGGGAAAUUUUCCAUUCCUGAAGAGAAAUUGAAACCAUUUGAGAAGCUGCUAUUGAAGUUGGAGGGACAGCUGCUGGAUGGCAUGAUACUGCAGACGUGUGUGGAGCAGAGAUUUGAUGAUCCUGGAGAUGUAGCUGUUGCCAAAAGCAGUGUCUUUGCUGAAGAGUUUGCCUUUAACAUUCGCACGAUAUUCACCAAUGUUGAGUCAAAGAUUGGUGAACCUUCAGAAAUCGACCAGAGAGAUAAAUAUGCCGCCGUGUGUUGUCUUUUUGUGCUUCACUUUCACAUUUUCAGGAGUGUCGACAAGAAGUUCUACAAAGCACUUCUGGACGUGUGUAAAAAGGUUCCAGCUGUCACUUUGACUGCUAACAUCAUCUGGUUUCCUGACACCUUCCUAAUUGCUAAGGUUCCUGCUGCAGCCAAGCUGAUGGAUAAGAAGAGUCUACUGGCCAUCAGAGCGCAGAGAGACACCUACUUGCAGCAAAGAGCUCAGACACUGACAAAGGAUGUGCAGUCUUACUAUGUGUUUGUAACCUCUUGGAUGAUGAAGAUGGAGUCCAUCUUGUCCAAAGACCAUAAAAAUAACAAGCUGGCUGAUGACCUUAACAGCAGGUGUAAUGUGUUUGUCCAGGGCAUCUUGUACGCGUACAGCAUCAGCACUAUUAUCAAGACCACCAUGAACAUGUACAUGUCAAUGCAGAGGCCCAUGACCAAGACGUCUGUCAAAGCAUUGUGUCGUCUGGUGGAACUGCUUAAGGCUGUGGAGCACACGUUUCACAGGCGUUCCAUGGUUGUCGCAGACUCUGUGUCUCACAUCACGCAGCAUCUGCAGUCACAGGCCCUGAAUGCCAUCGGCACAGCCAAGAAAAGGGUGAUCUCUGAUAAGAAAUACAGCGAGCAGCGGCUGGAUGUGCUCUCGUCUUUGGUGCUGGCAGAAAAUGCCCUCAGUGGACCCGGCACCAAAGAGCGACGCCUCGUGGUGUCUCUGGCUCUGUGUGUCGGCACUCAGCUGAAAACAUUCAAAGAUGAGGAGCUGCUUCCUCUGCAGCUUGUCCUGAAGAAGUUGGAUCUGAUAAGUGAGCUGCGGGAGAGGGUCAGGAUUCAGUGUGACUGUAGUUUCCUUUACUGGCAUCGAGCCGUGUUUCCCAUCUACCUAGAUGAUGUGUACGACAAUGCUGUGGACGCUGCGAGAAUACACUACAUGUUCAGUGCACUGAGGGACAGUGUGCCGUCCAUGCUGCAUGCCAAACAUAUGGAGUCAUGUGACCAGCUACUGGAGAGCUAUGACAAAGAGAUCAUGGAUGUGUUCAAUGAGCACCUGCUGGACAAGCUGUGUAAAGAGAUUGAGAAGGACCUGCGCCUCUCUGUUCACACACACCUCAAACUGGACGACAGGAACCCUUUUAAAGUUGGCAUGAAGGAUCUGGCCCACUUCUUCUCCCUCAAACCAAUCAGAUUCUUCAACCGCUUCAUUCAUAUCAAAGCCUACGUAACCCACUACCUGGACAAAACCUUCUACAACCUGACCACUGUUGCUCUGCAUGACUGGGCCACUUACAGCGAGAUGAGAAAUCUCGCCACGCAGCGAUAUGGCCUCACGAUGACAGAGGCACAUCUUCCCAGCCAGACACUGGAGCAGGGUUUGGAUGUUCUGGAAAUAAUGAGGAACAUUCAUGUUUUUGUCUCACGCUACCUCUACAACCUCAACAACCAGAUCUUCAUAGAAAAGGCAAGUAACAACAAGCACUUGAACACCAUCAACAUCCGUCACAUUGCCAACUCCAUCCGGACCCACGGCACAGGCAUCAUGAACACCACGGUGAACUUCACCUACCAGUUCCUGCGCAAGAAGUUUUACAUCUUCAGCCAGUUUAUGUAUGACGAACACAUCAAGUCCAGACUCAUCAAGGACAUCCGCUUCUUCAGAGAAACAAAGGACCAGUCGGAUCAGAAGUAUCCGUUUGAGAGAGCAGAGAAGUUUAACCGUGGUAUCAGGAAGCUGGGCAUCACCCCCGACGGACAGAGCUACCUGGACCAGUUCAGACAGCUCAUCAGCCAGAUAGGAAAUGCCAUGGGGUACGUGCGUAUGAUCCGUUCUGGAGGCCUCCACUGCUGCAGCAGUGCUAUCAGGUUUGUCCCCGACCUGGAGGAUAUUGUCAACUUUGAGGAGCUGGUGAAGGAGGAGGGACUUUCAGAGGAAACUCAAAGAGCUGCUAGUGUCCUAGACUCAGUGCUGGGAGAUCUGACCAGCAACUCUGCAGAGGGCACGGAGUACUUCAAGAUGCUGGUUGCAGUGUUUGCACCCGAGUUUCGCAGUGUCAAAAACAUGCACCUGAGGAACUUCUACAUGAUUGUGCCCCCACUGACGGUGAAUUUUGUGGAGCACUCCAUCAGCUGCAAAGAGAAACUCAACAAGAAAAACAAAAGUGGAGCUGCUUUCACAGACGAUGGUUUUGCUAUGGGUGUGGCGUACAUCCUGAAGCUGCUGGAUCAGUAUCUGGAGUUUGACUCCCUGCACUGGUUCCAGGCCGUCAGAGACAAGUACAAGAAAGAAAUGAACGCUGUGUUGAAGGAGCAGAAUGUCCAGUCUGCCGGUCAGGAUGAGAAAUUGCUUCAAACCAUGAACUUGACCCAAAAGAGACUGGACAUCUACCUUCAGGAGUUUGAGCUGCUCCACUUCUCCUUAAGUAGCGCCAGAAUCUUCUUCAGAGCUGACAAGACUGCAGCAGAGGAGACUCAGGAGAAGAAGGAUAAAGAAGAAGCCGUUAAAGCAGGAGGAACUUCAGACGGCUCCAUCCCAUCUGACUCGGCCUCAAAGUAAAGCCAGCAGACAGCAUUCUCAUGAUGGAUCACAACUGUAAAAAAAAAAAAGACCUGAGCACGUACCUGGACACACUGAAAUGUGCGUGUGAAUCAGG